CUGCACAACCUCGGUAGAUAUUCAUCAGUACAUGAUUUCUUGCACCAUGCUUUAAUAAACUAAAAGAUGGAUGUAUAUUUAGAAAGUGGCAAUAUGUAUCAUCCAGGAACUUCGUUUGAUGACUCUGUUUUCCCAUUUAGCUUUCGGACUAGAGCCUCUGAUCCAGGAUUGGGUAGAAGCAUUAUUAAAUCCGGUGCACCUGUCGUCACCAUAUACAAUAUCGAUAAUGUGUCCAUGAUCGAUACGUCUUAUUAUGAAGGAACUAAUGUCUUCGUGGAUGUUAACAUCACCAGUGACUUUCAACACGAAUUACGCAAUGCCAAUGAAUCUUGUACUCUGUCUUCCUGUUCCGUUGCCAAUACGUCAAUUUCCUUCGGACCGGAGGAAAAUCUGGAACCCGACAGUAAAAACUGGCUAUUUCUUCUUUUAUGCAUCUUGGUGAUUGCCGGAGGAUUGGGAAAUGUUCUGGUAUGCUUGGCAAUUUGCUUGGAACGAAGACUACAAAACGUCACCAAUUAUUUUCUUCUAUCCUUGGCAGUAGCGGAUCUCUUAGUAUGUGUGGCUGUUAUGCCUUUUGGAAUUUUAGAAGGAUUCCUGGGUUAUUGGCCUUUUGACUGGCAUAUCUGCAGUAUUUGGGUUUCAUGUGACGUACUCAGCUGCUCUUCCUCCAUAAUGCACAUGUGUUUCAUAUCUCUUGGACGUUAUCUUGGUAUCCGCAAUCCUCUGAAGACUCGUGCAAGUUCUAAGAAGAUGGUGAUGAUGAAAAUAGUCCUUGUUUGGUUGGUCUCAAUGGUCAUCACAAGUCCCAUAACAGUUCUCGCUAUGUUCGAUUCCACCAACAUUCAACCUUCUCCCGGCAGCUGUGCCAUUAACAACAAAUUCUUCUUCAUUUUCGGCUCUAUGUUUGCAUUUUACGUUCCCAUGCUCAUAAUGGUGUUCACUUACGUUUUAACUGUACGACUGCUUCAGAGAAAAGCUAAAUUUUUAGCCCAAAAGCCAACAAGAAGAGUUCCCUUUAUCAGAAGAGGUCGCAGAUCAUCUCCUGAAUCACCUGACGGAAAUGACGGAGCCACCCGAAAUGGUCACCUUCAGCAAUCCACAUCAAACACAUGCCAGCACUGUGGACGAUGUCAGUCAUCUGAGGUAAUGUGCGGCAGCUCAAGUGAUCUAGUCAACAGGCAGUCCAAUUCUCAAGGCUUCGUUAGAGUAAGAAUUGGUCGUCAGAGCGGGCACGAACAACAUCAACGCAUCUCUAAUCAACAACAACAGUUAGUGCCGGGUAUGGUUCGCACUCUUGGUACAAAUCAAGUAAUGAACGAACAGAAAGCGACAAAAGUAUUGGGCAUAGUAUUCUUUUCUUUUGUCAUAUGCUGGACACCAUUCUUCAUUUUAAAUAUACUUUUUGCUUUCAUGGACCAAAAAUACUUCCAUCCGUAUUUAGCAACCACUUUCUUGUGGUUGGGAUACGUUUCUUCCACAAUUAAUCCAAUCAUUUACACAGUUUUCAAUAAAACUUUCAAGAGAGCAUUUUGGAAAUUGCUAACAUGCAAGUGUCCUUUUACAAGGCACGUGAGUCUUCAUUCACCAAAUGAUUUAGCUGCAUGGGCUUUCAGAUCAGCAAAUUACACAACUAAAUCAGGGUCUCCUCCUGAUCUGUACCAGGAAUCCAUGUGUUAGAUGUGUCAACUUGUUGCGUGAUGUUAAACAAUUUUUGUAUAGAAGUAUUAUAAAAAAUAAUAUCCUUUUUAAUAUUCUUCUUUCGCACAAUGAUAUAACAGCAAUUCGUAAUAUCACUAAUUCGUCUACAAACUGAAUGAAGGGAAGCUAUCCUCACGCCUCAUGUUAAAACUUUGAAAACGGACGCAGAUUACUCGAAGAAGAAAUUUGGUGAUGAAAACUGAAUUAUUUCAUUACAAAUAUAUCCAUAUCUCUUUCAGUUCAUUGAAACCAAGAAGCAGGGAAUCGGCUUUGAUUGGUUUAACAAACUUUCGCACUUCGUCUCGCUAAGAAUGUGUUUUUCAUAUUAACUUAUUGUUGUGCUUAUUAAAACCUGCAUUUAAUAGAUAGUAUUCCGAAGCUUGGCUGUACAUAUCUAAGCAUAAACAACACUUAGCUAUUCGCCGACUUACGUAAGAAUUUUAUUUCACGUAACUUUACCUAAUCAGUUUAACCAAAGAAGUAAAACUUUUUGUAAAUUCCUAUCCGUACGCUCAAAAGUAUAUGCACUCUAAAUUAGAUUGAACCCAAAACUAAACUCACUUGAAAAUUUCAAUAGUGAGAUUCUAUGCAAAUUUUCAUUUAAAUCAAAUUUAAUUGCAAUUUAAGAGCAAUGACAAUUGCUUUCUAAGGCCCUUACAAUAUAGAAAUGUUGCAUCUACAUUUUUGCUGCCGUUCGGAUAAUUUCAAAUGAGAUGCAGAAAGCGUUUCCAUAGCUUUUGAAAUGGAUGUUGGUCGGGAAACUAUUGCGUUAAAUUGAGGGCUGCGUAAGUCGGAAAUAGCUAUAUUUUUAUACAAUGGUGUUCAAAAUUGUUUUUACAUUCACAAAAGCACUCAUUUUUCAAAACCUUUUGAAUAAAAAUAAAGAAGUUAUCUACGGUGAUGCAUAAUACAUAAAUAAAGACUAAAAAUUUCUACAUGAGUGAACACAUAUGAUAAAAAUUAUGUUAGGACAUUAAUAAAUGUAAAAUAAUGUACGACAAGGCAUUUUAGGAAACAGGUAACACACUGGAAUAAUAUUUUUAAAAUUAAUAAAGCAAUGUGAUAUCUUCUAAUUCACCCACAAAAAUAUACUUCAGAAUGUUGGUUAUUUGCUUUGGAGUUUUAAAUGUUUUAGUCUUUCUCCAAUAUGCAACGUGCCCGCAAAAGUUUUUACCCGGCCUUUAAUUUCGCGAAUAUUGGUCUUAGACAUAUAUUUCUAGUUACAAUUUUUUUAAUGAAGCGAUCAUUUAAGUUUUAUCAAUUACUUUUCAAUUUAAAAAUUCAAUUUUAUAAAAAUUACGAAAUGUAGGAUUUUAUAUGCUCCUCCGGUUCCUGCAUUUAUAAUGCAAUAUUUAUUAUAAAAAAUUAAUGUUUAUUAUAAAAAUUAAAGCACAAAAGAUUUGAUUUUCAUACUGCAAAUACUGAAUGAGAUAUUUAGUUUUUUGACGACAUUUUCAAUUUGCAUCGAAGGUUUAUAAAUAAAUUAGAACUAUUCGAGGUUGAGUUUUCCCCUUUAAAUAUCAUUCGUUGAUAUUCUUUUUGAUUUAAUUUACUUUGAAUAUACUUCCUUUUAUGACUAAUUUAUAAUUUUAUCACAUUUCAUAUGCCGAACCAAAUUCACAUGAGUAAUUUAUAAGUUUUUAAACGCUUCAAAUCUCUUGUUAGCAUUCUUGUGGAGUUUUAUUUCUUUAGAAUCAUGAUGUAAUAAACAAUAUUGUAAAAAACAUUAAAUUAGAAAUAUAUUUAAUUUCUGCAAUUAAUAUUACGAUUUGGCUAUAAUGCAAUGCCAUGCAAAGUCUACCAGUGCUUUCAAGAUCAAGAGUUCCAUCUUUAUUUUUAAAAAAUAAUAAUAAAUAAAGAUUUAUUAUUACUUUUCACUACAAUCUACGUAGAAAAACUCAAAUGUUUACAAAACUAAUGUUUUAAAUUCUAGUCACCAUCAUCUUGCAUUAUUUAAAACACUUUUGUAAAUGGAAUAUCCGACUACGCCCAAUGGUUGCUGAAGUAAAGGCCGAUUAAGGACUUUUAUGGGCCACUGAGAUCAUUACCAGGAGAAUUUUACUAUGCAACAGCUCUCUCUAGAAUACUUUUCGAUUUUCCUGUGGAAAAAUCUGAUACUUUGCCUUUGUAUCGCCAUGUAAUGUCUGGAUUUCGAAGUAUAGCUUUAGAUAGUUGCGGGAUCCGGACGAUAUCCGAUUAGUCUAUGCAAACCGCCCGGGUAUCCGGACCUGCGUUCACCUGUCACCUGUGAAACUCAUAUCUAGAGGUUUGGUUGAUUAGUUUAACCGCUCACGGACUUUAGUUUAAAAAUACUGACCAACAGAGCUUGGUCUAUGUGGAGAUGUUUCCACCUGUAAAGAGAACGUCGAAUACAUAUUCACCUCCAGGAAACCUUUUGCAGGGCUUGAAAUUUGAUCUUUAUAUGUCUGCAUACACCAGAUUCUCUAUCGAACCUAUACAAAAAAGUACGUUCAUUAUUCUUUAUUUUUGUAUACACCUUCAAAUCUUUUCAAUUUAGGCAGGCUUUGACGUUUUUCCAAAAAUCCAGUGAAAUACGAACCUUUCACUUUCUGGAAUAAGUUCUUUCUUGGUUAGCUUUCCGUGUAUAGUUUAGAGCUAUGCAGAAAAUUCAGUUAUGGUUACAAAUUUUAAAUUCAGCUCUUUAAUAUUUACAUUUCUAUCGUGACACGUAGUUACGGACAAUAAUUGUUUAAUUCUAAAGUAUGACUGUAUAUCUAACAACAGUUUUAGAGUCUUUAAACUUCAUCAAACGAGCUCGAACUCUGUAUCUUGACACAUUUGGCAAUUUUUCUAUUUUUAGAAUUAAUCACUAUAUUUCUAUCUGCUUUCCAGAAAUGGACCCCCGGUUUCGAAGACUAAAUCCCUCCACCUAAAGAAUUUUUCGAUACUAAAAUACUAUUUGAUUAAUAAACACUGAAAUGUGUCCUGAAUUGCAGAUGACAACGGGUAAUGUACAUUGUAUCCUUAUCCAUAAGUCCUUAUACAGCCUGUGAGCUAUAUAAUGACAUUACGUGCAGAUAUGUGUUGUACAUUUUCUCUAUCUUUAUUCAGGCACAGAGUGAUCUAAUCAACUUGGAUAAUAAAAAUUAGGAUUACACUUUCUUUCUCAAUCCCUCAAAACAUAAAUUAGAUUGAUAAUUUUUUAUGAAGUACUAUUUUAUGUAUGGAAACACAAAUUUGGACACCACUGUAUCUAUAAAUAUCAAUUCUUCGUAUUUACUGUGCAUGCACAAAGCUUUUGUGUUUCUCUAUAAAUGGAAAACAGAAUUUGAUAUAUAUACAUAAUAUUGCAUGUAAAUUUUGUCACUGAAAUUAAAUUUAUAUGCAAACCCUUGUAAGCACGUUGUUCGUAAAAUACCUGCGACUGGAAAUAAAUUUAUUGUGAAAUAU